AUGGAUGAGAGAAAUCCUGAGAUAGAGAAAUCCAGAACAGUUGGACAAGAUUACCCUUUGUCCAGUGCAGAAAAAAAGACGUUAAAAUAUCUACAGAGCCGACCGACUCUAGUCAUUCUAUGCACAUUGGUUAUCAUAGAGUGCAUGUGUGUGCUCACUGAACUCAUGGUGGAUCUACAGGCAAUAAGAUUGAGAUUUGAAAAUGAAGAAACCGAAUUAACUAAAUUCAUUCAGUUUCUCCAAGAGGCUUACCCGACACAGUUCAAUACAUCGGAAGAUGUGUCGCUGGAAGAGGUGCUUCAAGACUUGCAGAAAGCUCACAUUGUGUGGGGAGCUAAAAAUAGCACACACGGCAAGUGCGCAUGCGCACGCUGUUCACCGUCAGACGAUACUGUACCGCGGAAUUUUCAAACCGUUAUUAAAGCCGGUGCGGAAUCAUUGCAAAGUGUAACACGGUCAACUGUGCCGGCUUCAAGUGACCGUCUUCGAACGAAUGCCUUAGAAAACACAAUGCAAGAUGAUAUUUCAAGGACGUCCAACGUUUCUGGGAGUAAAACUGUCGAACAAAACAAUAUAAACUCCCAAGCUAAUGACACGGAUACGCCAUUAGUGACACCAACAAUGGAAUCGGAUUGCUGUGAUUACUUGGCUCAAGACGAUCGCGAAAAAAUAUUUGUGAUAGAAAUUCAUAAUAAAGGGGAAGACUUUUACUUGGUGGGUCACAUGUAUCCAGACAAUGGAACGACCUCGUACGGUAUGGACGUCAAUUCGGAGUAUCAUAAAUUACACAUGGUGUCAAAGAGCUUACACUACGGCAGUAUCGGGAUCCUGUUUUUGAUGGUCUGUGAGACACUGGUUAAACAAAUAUGCAUGGGGAAGGACUUUUGUAAACAGAAACUUGAGGUUUUUGACGCCUUUAUAGUGAUAUCUUCUUUUUGUUUGGACUUCGUGUUCCUGGGACAACCAGGCAUGUACGAGGCCGGAAAAGAUGCAGCUACUAUUUUAGUUUUUUUCUUGCCUUGGCGUGUAAUCAGAAUUGUAAAUAGUUUUCUAAUGACGAUGAAUCAUAAACAUCAUAUAGAGAUGAUGACGAUUCAACGAUCGAAGAAGAAAGCAGAGCAAAAGAUUGUUAAACUGCAGUCUCUGUUAAAUGAAAUAAGGAGAGACGUGCAACUUCUGGUGGCAUUGGCAAGGUCUAAGGGGGCGAAUGAAGAGGAGAUAUCAGCGUGUAUAUACGGCCAGGGGCGGGCGGCAACAAUGUCUGCCAUAUCCUCCUUUGCCUCCCUGAUGCUCAUCAGCACCUUGGGAAAAGAUCGAGGAGACGGUGACGAUAUCUAUGGCAAUAUGAUCUCUGACGCUCUUAAGGAGGACGAUGAUGAGGCCAACGAGCCGAAAGGCAAGAGGAGAUCGGAGAAAAAGCACGUUAGACCGAGCAUCUUCCGACAGCUGAGUUCCUUACAAGAGGAGUCGAUCGCCAACGGCCACGUCACCGUAAACAAAACCCCGUCAACCAUGUCGAAUGGACAUACAAGCGGAGAGCUCUACUCAGUGUGUAACGGUCAUUUCUCGGCGGACAAGGACUCACCCGAGAACCUGGACCUGGAGCCCAAUCAUAACGGCAUAUCCUCAAUAGGAAGUACUUCCCGGACGUCGCCUUGCUGCGAGAGUAAAGUGGUCGUUGAAUUAACAUCACAGACGACCUACCUCUGACGAACGCGAUAGCGUUGUACAGUGUGCUGAAGCAGUGGUGUGUGCAGUGGGAUGUGUAGGCAAUCGCAAUCAAACCAGUUC